CAUUUAAAGUACACACUCUACAGCACCGGACAACCACCGUGGCAUUGCUCUGCUCGGUCGAACUAUGUUGGCGAUCUCGGUGGAAUGAAUUUGCCGCGAGGAGGACUGGACGAGCUCUACUGGUCCCCUGUGAAUGAAUUGCCUGGACCACCGAGGCCCAGUCGCAGCCGAGGUACCGACGCCGGCGUGAGGGAUGCCUGGCUCGGACCGACACCAUGGGACCAAGAAGAAGCCGGAAUCUAGCGGUGCGCUCCACCAGACCCAGGCCUCGACUCACACCCCUGCAGGAGACAAGACUAGCAAGGACGGUAAAGUGCAGUUAAAAUCUCCAAUGUCCUCUUCCAAACGCAAACGGCACAAAUCAACCAAACAUAAUCGGGAUUUCUCGGCGGCAUCGGGACACGAAGAUUAUACCCUAGGCGAUACGGCGCCACCUGGUGUCCACACGGUGAAGCCUCUGGUGGAGUACGACGAUAUCAGCUCCGACUCGGACACUUUUUCAGACCCACCGUCCUCGAGGCCUUCUGAAAGGGGGGGCGGUGACCGACUGGAGCCCUCACCGGACGACGAAAAGGACGACAUCGAAGCCGGCGAGAGAGAGACCAAGGGCCAAAGACAAUACCGGAAAAAGUCAAAGGACCCGAAUAAAGUUAGAGACUCUGGAAAUGGAGAACGUGGGUACAAGAAAAAGAAUAACAAAGACUGCGAGAAAGGAAGUGCUGGAAAGAGCAAGGAGAAGGCUGCGUCCUCAGGCCCCUCAUCCAAACGCCAGGUGCAGCCAGAGGGUGACUCUAAACGUGGGGAGCUGAUGCUCUCCACUCAGGUACAGCCUGUAGCCAGUGUAGGUAGCACUACUUCCUCCACCUCCUCGUCUCGCAGCAAGGAGAGCAGCCGCUCAGGGAAGUCUCGCAAAGAUAAGCAACAACGGAGAGAGGGUCGAGGGGAGGGCAGCCGCAGCUCCUCCCAGAGGAACCGAGCAGACCGAAGCCACCGCAAGUCCUCCAAGAGCCACAAGUCGAGCCCUAAGGGCAAGGCUGCCAUUAGGGGAAGCCCUCGCAGGAAGGGAACUAGCUCUGCUCUUUCACCCAGUCCCAGAAGAGGGGCGGACAGCGAGAGUCCGCAGGGCAGCGGGUAUGGGCAGCAGGGGGAUGACAGCUACUCCAGACGGAGGGUGGCCCAGCAGAGCCCCGGUCCUUACGGGGAUAUGUCCCGCCGCAGCAGGCAGAGAUCAGACAGCCCCUACGGCAGCAGACACAGGUCCUCCAGCUAUGAGAGGGACAGCAGCCCCUACUCGAGGAGACGCUCCAACAGCCCCUAUGGCGCCCGCAGGUCCUCCAGCACCAGCCCCAUGUCACGCCGCUCUGGCCGCUCCAGGAGUCGUUCCCCUCUGCACUACUCGUCUUCUCGUCGCUCCCCCUCUCGUUCCCGUAGCAAGAGGCAUACUUCCUCUGUUGCAGCGGGGGCCAGCUCCCACAGCAGCCGACCAACCAGCCGCUCCCCUCCCCGCCUGCCCCUUAACUCCAGCCUGGGAGCAGAGCUGAGCCGCAGGAAGAAGGAACGGCAGGCUGCUGAGGCGGCGGCCCGUGCUAGUGGUGGUGCUUCCACUCCUCCACCUGCACUGGCGCGUAAAUCGGCUGCCUCCACCUCCUUGCGGCCAACUAAAGCCGCAGCUCCUCAGCCAGAAAGAGACUCGGCAGCAGCAGAACCUCUGCCCCCACCACCUGUGCCGUUACCCCAGGAUGCUCCCAGUGGUGAAGAUUCUGUUACUGCACCUCUACCUUCCUCUUCCACCUCCUCUCCUGCACCGCCUCAGCCCUCUCCUCCUAUGCCACCCGCUCCAGCCACCCAGGUUCCUCCACUGCCACCUCAGGCAGAAUUAACUAUCCAGCCUCCUACACCCAUAACCAUAUCCCAGGCCGUAUCACCAGCUCCGGUUCCGACACGCAGCCCGGUCCGCCAGAUGCCACUUCACAAGACGUCGACUCUUCCUCUCCUGCCUUUACCACCCGCACUGCUGGGAAACGCUCAGGACAGUCCAAAGAAGUCCACACCUCCUCACAGGCCAUCCAGAAAGGAGAAGGAAGUCCGCAGCCGGCCAUCGCUCAUUGACCUUCCUUUACCACCCACCCUUCCUGGAGGUGACUCCUCACCCCCACAGUUUCCCAUCCACCAGGCCCCACCGCUACCCCAGGCAGUCCUUAAGAAGAGACCAAAGAUUUGCUGCGCGCGAUAUGGUGAGCGCAAACAUACCCAGAGCGACUGGGGCAAACGCUGUGUCGAUAAAUUUGAUAUCAUUGGCAUCAUAGGGGAAGGCACCUACGGCCAAGUGUACAAGGCCAAGGACAAAAUCACUGGUGAACUGGUGGCUUUGAAGAAAGUGCGUUUGGACAAUGAAAAGGAGGGUUUCCCCAUCACAGCCAUUAGAGAGAUCAAGAUCUUGCGGCAGCUCAAGCACCGCAGUGUUGUCAACAUGAAGGAGAUAGUCACUGAUAAGCAGGAUGCACUUGACUUUAAAAAGGACAGAGGUGCUUUUUACCUGGUGUUUGAGUACAUGGACCACGACCUGAUGGGCCUGCUGGAGUCAGGCCUGGUCCAGUUCUCCCAUCAGCACGUCCGCAGCUUCAUGCGCCAGCUGAUGGAGGGUCUGGACUACUGCCACAAGAACAACUUCCUGCACAGAGACAUCAAAUGCUCCAACAUACUGCUCAACAACCGAGGUCAGAUCAAACUGGCUGACUUUGGUUUGGCUCGGCUUUACAGUUCAGAGGAAAGUCGGCCGUACACUAAUAAAGUAAUCACACUAUGGUAUCGCCCCCCUGAACUCCUGCUGGGAGAGGAGAGAUACACUCCAGCCAUUGAUGUAUGGAGCUGUGGGUGUAUUCUGGGAGAGCUCUUUACCAAGAAGCCCAUCUUCCAAGCUAACCAGGAGCUUCUACAGCUGGAGCUCAUCAGCCGUCUGUGCGGGAGCCCCUGUCCUGCAGUCUGGCCUGACGUCAUUAAACUUCCCCUCUUCAACACCAAACCCAAGAAGCAGUACAGACGGCGGCUGCGGGAAGAGUUUGCCUUUUUACCUACCCCUGCCUUGGACUUGCUGGACCGAAUGCUGACCCUCGACCCUGCACGGCGUUGCACGGCGGAGCAUGCUCUCAACAGUGACUUUCUGAGUAACGUUGAGCCCAGCAAGAUGCCGCCGCCAGAUCUUCCACACCAUCAGGACUGCCACGAGCUGUGGAGUAAGAAGCGACGCCGUGCACGUCAGAGCGGGGUGCACGAGGAAGUGCCUGUGCCCAAAGUGCCCCGUAAGGAGUCGACAGGGACCUCCAGUGGAGAGAACAGCCGGCCCCAAACCAGCCCAGCUGGAGCCCCACCGCCUCCUCCAGGAAAGCCUCCCGCCACAGCCAACUUAGAGAGUGAGUUGUCAGGCCUGGGAGUUGCUGCAGAGCAGUUGAACCAGACCGAGCUGGCGGUGCUGCUUAACCUCCUCCAGGGACAGACGGACCUCAGCCUGCCCCAGGUGGCUCAGCUUCUCAACCUCUCUAAACCAGAGACACUCAGCCAGUCGUUGUCUGCUCUCAGUGAAGCCUCUGACCACCAGGGGGCUCCAGAGGACCAGGCCCAGUCUACUGCCAGGUCCCAGCCCCCAGAGCCGCCUCCUGAACCCCAGGAACUCUCACCGACAUCCGGAGACCCACCACUCAGCCAGGAAGACCAGGCCAAGCUGCUGGCUCAUUUGGGCCACAUCAUUAAGCCACAAACCGAGGAGCAAGCCGACGAGAGCAAUGGCGUCCAAUCAGAGGAGGCACUAAUGCGCGGUCCGUCCGCCUCUACUACUGAUCGCAAGGGUGGUGCAACAUCAAAGAAGAAACAGCUUGGGGUCAACCAGAUGCCUCCCUCUGGUGAGCAGCGUCCACCCUCUCCACCCGGGCCACCUCCAUCAGCACUCUUUGGAAAUGCCCAGCAGGCUGGGUCUGAGACCCAACCCAGCCAGGACAUCAGCCCUGCCAUGGCAGCUGCCUUGCUCCAGCUCAUCUCUCAGCAGGACUCGGAAGCUGGGGACCCUCAGCGCAGCAAGCACCCACCUCCUGCUGUGGAUGCCCUGGCCCGAGGACAGCCCCCUCCACCCUGGGUUGCAGACUCUCCGCCGAAAUCGACGGCUGCAGCUGAUACCCCAGCAGGACUGGGGAGUGCUGCUCCCACCACUGCAGCACAGUUCCCUAAAGACCAGGACCUCCGCUUUUCUCAUGGCGCUGCCCGCUGACCCUCAGUCCCCCGGCGAGACAGACCGAGGUAUCCUGAGACGGCGACAGUAAUCCUGGCAUGAAGGGAAAUGCAGAGGGGCCCCAGCAGAUUAUGACUCACUGGACCAUGAGCAGGUAGCUAAAGUUGAAUCAAAGAUUAUGAAAAUGAAUGUCUUAAAAGAAAGAGCCUUUUCAGGUCAUGAUCAUCACUAGCCCCUGAACAGCUGUUGUGUUGUAAUGGAGGGAGUGUUUGGACCAGGGGUCGAUCUGACCUCUAACAAUCCAUUAAGUGACAGUCCCCACCUGCAAUCCCUCGCUCUUUCCUGUCCACUAACUUGAAUGAAGUUUAGCUUCCAAAUUGAGUGCCAUGCAGCUGACACUCAACUUAGAAAGCAGCUGUGAUCUAUUUACCCCCCCCCCACCCCAAAAAAUGAUUGUCAUGUCCACUGCAGUGCCCACUUCUAACAAAGUUACAGUGUUUUGGAGGAGGAAGUCCCGGUCGUCCACUCUGAUGGAGUGGUGUCGAUGACUGUGUGAUGGAAGAUUUGCUGAAGCUAAAAUACUGAGUGUGUGAGAAUAGAUGUGAGGCAGAACACUGGAGCAACGUGAGUUCCCCACUGAACCUUACAUGCCAGCUAGCUCCCCGGUUGUCAGCCUUGUGCCUCCUUUGUGACCCCUAAAGGGUCUUGGCCUAUCGG